UGUCGACAUAGUUUGCGUUUGUGAAGCGGUAUAUAUAUCCGCACGCGCACACAUAUCUGGGCGGAGGGAACGAGUCGGGAGCACAUGCGUACAGCCUAUAGACACCGGACUCCGAAGAAAGAGACGAUGAGUCAAGAUCACCACAAGAUGCUCGGCAACGGCAGUGGUAUGUCGAGAACAACCGUACGACACCAAGAGCCGACGAUUUAUUCCGACGUGUACGUGUCACUCGAGGAAGUGUACAACGGUUGCACCAAGAAAAUUACGAUCACGAGGAUGGUGACGGGUCCGGACGGUCACACGCCGAUGCCGGAAGCCAAGGUGUUCGAGGUCGUGGUGAAGCCCGGCUGGAAGGAAGGCACCAAGGUCAGGUUCCACCGCGAAGGAGACCGGCUUCCCAACAGCAUCCCCGCCGACGUCGUGUUCGUCAUACGUGACAAGCCGCACCCACAGUUCAAGAGGGAUGGAGCGGAUGUCCGCUACGUCGCAAAGAUCACUUUCAAAGAGGCUCUGCGCGGGACAACGCUGGAACUGCCCACAAUCACUCACGGCACGAUAUCUGUGCCGCUGACAGACAUCGUCAAGCCCACCACCGUCACACGCAUCCGGGGACAGGGCCUGCGCCGACCUGAGGACACCAGGACGCGCGGCGACAUGAUCCUAAGUUUCGACAUCCAGUAUCCUAGCCAGAUGACGGACGCUGCUCUGAAGAUACUCUGGGACACGAUGGAUCCCCUCAUCUGAGAAAUGUCGAUGCGGGGAGAACUUCCUGUGUAAUUUGACUCGUCCGUUGAGAUUUUUAGCGGAUGUAGACAUUCAAGUCUCUUAAAUCAGCCACAACACGUUUUAAAGUGAACACGUUUGUGUAGGACGACAACGUUUGUGAUAUUUUAUGCUCGUGUGCCACUUAUGGAAAGCAAAUCUGAGCGAGUGAGUGUGUGAAUAACCUUUAUUUCGGAGACCAAGCUGUUGAUGCUCGAAGGUGUGCGGCCACCCUAUUCCAGGUAGCCUUGGCCCUGUGCUGAUAUAGCAUGGCCCCGUUCACUUUUCGUCGUCUCGCCUCGUCACGGUAAUGACUUAUUCUCGAGGGGGUAACAUGUACAGUCCUCGCCGUCAAGGCCAAUGCGCAACGGAAAAAAAAAUGUUUUUUGUUUCUUGCGAGCCAUCUUAAUGCCAGUUGCGCGACGAUUCUUACGGGCUGCCAAGUGAGGCGUGGCCCUGUGACAUUGACAGAGGUCGCGCACGUCACCGUCGCGUCUGAUAGAUUGGUGAAGGUCUACGCGCAAGACGUAGGUAGAUAUAGUGCGUGUAAUGCGCCGCGAACACAAGGUCCUCCUCAAUGUGCCGUAUGAGCAUGUAUACAUGUCGCCGUCAGACUUAACACGAACACUCAAGGCACGCUUCCAGCCAUCUUAAGCGCGAAACACACGUUUGUGAAAACGCCAUCUGUCUUGUGAGUACUGUAAACGUACUCACAAGACAUCCAACACUUUUCCAACUGAGGAAAGUAGUCUCU